UUGCUAGGGUAUACGGCAUUAGAAAAAGUGACCCGGCUCCUGAAAAGUUCUGAAAUCGUCAGCCAGGUGGACGAUUUCGAGGUGAUUUUGUCGUCGAUAAUAGCCAAAGGCGCUUUCGCUUCCCAGCACCAUUUCAGUAGUGGCCUCGUCUCCCCUAACUUUCCCUCUCCAGCUUCUCUUAUCCUCUGGUUGUGGCUUCCAGUCUCUGGGGUAUUUCCGGUCUAUUCUCAACAUGACAAGGCUGAAAUAUAUCAUCAUCCACUGGGGAGGAAAGUUGAUAAGGGGAACAUGUGGCAUUGAUUAUGAAGGUGGCAUGACAAAACUUAUAAGAGUUAGAGAAAGAGUUAAUCACGGUCAAUUGAUGGAAAAAAUAUCAACUGCAAUGAAGAUAGGCUUGAAUGAAAAAGUUUCUAAGGUCAUAUUCAGAUAUCCAGUUUCAACACAAGGUUUUCCAAAUUUUGUACCGCUUGACAUUGAAGAUGAUGAUGGAGUUGAGUUUAUGUUUGACAUAUUUGAUAAGAUUCUAGGCUUGCUUUCUGUUCAACUGUAUGUUGAUGUAGACUCUAUUCCAAUUGACACGGAGCAAAAAGCUAACUGCUCUGAAUCUCAUAUUCAAGAAAAUGGGCCACAUACAUCUCAAUCGCAAGAGAAUGAGCCUGCUGCUUCUCAACUGCAUCCCAAAGAUUACAUGCAACCAGGGCCACGUGAUACUAGUGUGUUGAAACUUCAGCUUGUCCACCGAUCAGAGGCAGUGUGGCAUGAUACGCUUGAGAAACAAGUCUUGCAUUGUCGUCGAGCUGGCACAAUUGCUCACCCCCGAGACAUUGAUGAACGGAUAGUGCCAUACUUGCAACAAGCAGGAUUUUAUGGAGUGGCACGGGUGGGAUUUAUUCAAUUGGAUUGGCAUUUGAUUACAUCACUUGUUGAGAGAUGGAGACCGGAGACACAUACUUUUCAUCUUCCAGAAGGUGAAUGCACCAUCACGCUUCAGGAUGUGGGCAUCUUGACUGGAUUACCCAUAGAUGGACAGGCUGUUACAGGUAGUGUCACGCAUGAUUGGUACCAGGUGUGUAUGAGAUUGCUUGGGGUUGCUCCUCCUGAGGAUGCUAUUUAUGGAUCUCGGCUGCAACUUAGUUGGCUUGGGGAGACUUUUGAGGAGUUACCAGCAGGUGCUGAUGAUUUUACAAUACAAUGCUAUGCUCGAGCCUACAUGUUGCGUCUCAUUGGAGGGGUUAUAUUCCCAGACAAGUCCUCUUCUCGUGUUCAUUUGAUGUUUCUACCUCUGUUAGAGGACUUUCAUAGAGCAGGUCAAUACAGUUGGGGUGCUGCUUGUUUGGCAUGGUUGUACAGAGAGCUUUGUCGUGGCACUAAUCCUGCAGCAAAGGAAAUUGGUGGUCCCCUGUUCUUAGUGCAAUUGUGGGCACUGGAAAGACUCCCUCAUAUUGCAUCAACUUCAAGGGAUAAUGUGCCUCAGGAUCCACACUUGCCCCCUGGUCCUCUUGGAUGCCAGUGGAGAAAAGCAAAGAUUGUUAAUGAAGUAUCCACACAAGUUCUUAAGCAAUAUCGAUAUGCACUAGAUCGACAAGGUUCUGAUCAGAUGACAUGGGAGCCAUACGUUCCUGGGGUUGUUGCGAAGUUGCCAUCUUAUUGUACAAGUGCAAAUACAAUCUGGGGUGCUGUGGUGCCUCUAAUUUGUUUUCAUAUUGUUGAAUGGCAUCAGCCAGACCGAGUAAUGCGCCAAUUUGGACUACAACAGGCUAUUCCAGUACCAGCACAUCAGGAUGAUACACUGCAUACAAUUGAUCUGCGAGGCAACCAGGAUGUUGACUGGGCAACCCAGCACGCCUCUUAUAUCAGUUUGUGGGAUGAUCGUCAUAAUCGGGUAAUACGUGGUGUGCUGACCCAGGGUAGAUUGGAUUACCAUGCUGAGUAUAUGGAAUGGUAUCGGAAGAUGACUAGAAGAUGGAUUAGUCCAAUGGGUGCAGCAAUUGGAAUGGUGGCUGAUGGGAUUGAACAUAUAUAUCUCAAUAGCGGUAUAAAUGCUACACUAGAUAAUAUGGCGGAUAUCCACCAAACUUCAUUGAGUAUAUUACAUGCACUGGAUGAAGAACGACGUACUAUAAGAGUGUCCCAGAGAGCACCAGAACCAGUGCAGAUAACAGGGCUUGAGCAAGAGGACAUACCAGCAAGUCGGAGGAGGCGACGCACCAUGGCUGACAGACGCCAACCCGUGGAGAUUGAUCUAUCUCAGCCAUGUAUACCAGUUGCACGACCAUCAAUGUUGCGGAUGGUAGCAUCGGCUGCUCCGACAUCACAUGCAGCUAGGGGGCGUAGACGUGGGCAUUUAGCUGCAACAGCAGCUCAAGUGAAUGAUCUCAAUUCACAUGUUGUUGACACAACAGAUGCACCUAUUUUGGAUGAUGCACCUACAGUUGCUGUAGAAGAGGCAUCAUAAGUUAAAAAGCUGCAAGCUACCAAUGCCACGAGAAGGUUAUCUCUGGAACUUGAUUAUUCGUAUUUUGUAUCAUAACUAGGUUGUAUCUAUGUUCAUGUUUACAUAUCUUUUGUCAUUCAUGAUUAUUGUUGUAGUUUGUUAUGCGUAUUACUUUUAAAGGCUGAUGACUAUAUCUUUAUUUGGUUCAGUAUGAGAAAUGUACUUUUUACA